AUGGGAAAUUGCUUAGCUCUGCAGGCAAAGGUUAUCAAAGUCAUAAAAACAGAUGGGAAAAUCCUUGAAUACAAGGCCCCAUUAGAAGUUCAUCAAGUUUUAUCAGAAUUUUCUCACCAUGCAAUAUCAGAUAAACUUCCAGUAGCACAGUACAUGAAUCCAAAUGCUAAAAUGCUAGGAGGUCAGUUAUAUUACCUUCUGCCUCUACCAGUGGCUCCUGCACCUCGGAUGAAGAAGAAGAAGACAGUUCGUUUUGCAGAUUCAGUAGAAGAAGCUCGUGAAUCAACCGGAGUAGUUAGGAUCAAGCUUGUCAUCAGCAAACAAGAUCUGCAGGCAAUGUUAGGAAAAGGAGGUGUUUCAGUUGAUGAUAUAGUACUGGAAGAAAGCACACGGAAGGUCGAUACCAUUGACAGAGUUGGUUACACGAAUUGCAGAGGAUGGAUGCCAAAGUUGGAUAGUGUGCCUGAAGUUUUCUAG